AUGUGGUUAUUUGGCAUUGCCAUCGUAAUAGCUUGCGCUUCUGCUGCGCCUGUAGAUGUCAAUCCGGAAUGUGCUGCAUGCCAAUUGUUUACAAUUGCUUUAGAGAAGAAGUUGAACUCAGGUGAUGGAGCCUUCAAGAGUCCUUCUUCUCGAUGUACGCACCUUCCACAUUGUCAAGAUCUCACACAUUGUGAGAUAGUGCAAUCACUGAUGCAAGUAUCCACACACAACAUCACAUCUGCACUGAGACCUCAGUUUGAUAAAGUGCGCUCAUUUUUAGAUGAAGUAGCACGUCACUGUGAAAAGGAACCUCAUGCUGCUGUGCUCGACAACAAGCCAGGACCAGCGCUUUGCACCCUUUGCUUCUUGAUUUAUUACUUCUUCCAAUUUUUGAAUAAUGGAAUCCUUCAAAUGCCGCUUCUACAGAUUGUUCCUGAUGUGAUUAAGCUCACAUGUAUGGUCGUUAUGAACCUUCCCUUCGACGACGACAAAACACCUCCUGUAUGUCAAGCACUGCUCGCUGAUGGCGCUCUACCUGCUCUCCUCAAAGCAAUCGCUGAUUCCAUGGGUUCAUUUUACAACUUGAUCGCUGUUCAAAUGAUGGGAUGUCCCACUUAUCAGACCCUUUUCGGAAUAUGUUAG